UACCCGGAGGCUUGGCAAACACAUCAGCAAUUCUCUCUGUGCUGUGCAUCUACUGUAAUCCAUGUAUUGUUGGGGGUAUAACCACAGUGGGCAGCUUGGGCUGGAUGAUGAGGUGAGGGAUGUAGUGCCUUUCAAACAGAAUGAAUUCUUCCAGGGCAAAACAAGUGUCCUGAAAGCAGAAAGUGGAAGGAAGCACAGCCUAUUCCUCUUAGAAGAUGGGACCGUAUUCUCUUGUGGAGACAACACAAGUGGACAGUUAGGCACAAGAAAUAACUCCAGUACCAUAGAACAAAUUCACGCACUGGAAGCUCAAAGCAUCAUUGAUAUCAGCUGUGGAGAUAGCCAUUCUGUUGCACUGUGCAACCAAGGUAAUGUGUUUACCUGGGGUACAGGGACAGAAGGUCAGCUCGGCACCGGAGAAUUCCCGAAGCAGAAUUUCCUCCCAAAGAGGAUAACUGGACUUUCCAACAUAAAAAUUAUACAAAUCUCAUGUGGACAUUUUCAUUCCAUUGCUCUUUCAGAAGAUGGUAAAGUCUUUUCAUGGGGACAGAACAAUUAUGGCCAACUGGGCUUGGGUAAGCAGAUUCCAAAUCAAGCCAGCCCACAACUUGUUACAUCUCUGAAGGGAAUUCCACUGGCCCAAGUUACAGCAGGCGGAUCUCACAGUUUUGCUCUGUCAAUGUCAGGAAGUGUGUUUGGUUGGGGAAAGAACAAUGCAGGACAGCUGGGAUUUACAACUAAAGCAAACGCAGGUAUGUUUAAACCAUAUGCAGUAAGCAAUUUGAGAAAUCUUGGAGUUGUCUAUAUUACCUGUGGAGAUGAGCAUACAGCUGUUUUGACAAAGGAGAAGAAUGUGUACAUAUUUGGAGAUAACACUUAUGGACAACUUGGGCAAAGUUCUCAAAAACAAACAUCAGUUCCUCAGAAAAUAGAAAUAGAAGGAUUAGAGGGCCAGAUUUCUCUGGUAGCUUGUGGAAGUUUCCACACCCUGGUAUACAUCUUCACAACAGGUAUCAUUAUUUCCUUUGGCAAAGGAUCCCCAAGGCAAGAAGAAAAUAAUGUUACAUCGCAUCAGAUUCCAAUUUCAUUUGAUAUUAGUAGCUUGGUUGCUGCAAAAGACUUUCUGGACCUUCAUGUAAAAUGGAUUUUUGCUGGGAAUAAUGUCAGCUUUGCCACCACUACUCUUCAACCACAGAACUCUGCAAGAGCUCCUCGGACUCACCACUUGCGAAAGAUUCUGCAACUUGACAAAACCAUAAUAAAAAAAUGGAUAAAUGCAAAAACUGGGAGUGAUGAUUAUAAAGAAUUUAAGAGGGUUAUAAACAAACUUUUUUCAUCUGCCUCUUGUAUAACAGCAAGUUUUAUAAAGAACAGUACUUUGAAACCACUCCAGGUAACUUAUCAAAUCGUUGACCUUGAAGUUGCAAGCAAUCUCUUUGCAGAGCUAAACAAGGACAAACGAAUUUCAUCCAUAAUGUGUUCCAGCUUAAAAAAUGGUCUGUUUCCAGAGCUUCAGUCUCUCCCACCCCUCUAUGAGGCAGUGUGCCUAUUUCUCUUGGUGCCGGAAUACCCUUUGAUGUAUGACCCAAAUACUUGCUUGUCGCUUGUGGUCCCAUUUUCUAAUGCCGUAAACAACUUAAGCAAAAGUUCUUUGGAUAUAUUAGAGACCUUAUGGAAAUCUUUGCCAGUAAACUCAUUUACAAAGAUAAUUGAGAUGGUUAAAAAUGCCCUGGUAUUAACUGUGCUUGGUGGUCAUGUGGAGCCCAACAGAAAAAAUCUCCUACAUAUGCUAGAAAAACUAUUUAAAGCAAACAGGAAGGCCAACUACAUAGUUCCUGUUGAAAUGUUCUGUGUUGAGCAAAUUUGCCCAUUAAUUAUUAUUCCCGCAGAUGUUUCCAACUGGCGUUUAUGGCAGUCUGAACCUGAGCCUGAUGAAAAUGCAUUCCCAGCUAUAUUUUGUCGUUUUCCAUUUAUCUUCAACUUUGACACCAAGAUUCAAGCUUUGCACUUUGACAUACUCAGCAAAAAGACGAAUGCUCAAGUUAAGGCCCAACAGGAGAUACUGGCAAACAGAUUGCAAGGAAGCAGUGAACUUCCCAAACUUCCUUACUUUCUACUCAAAGUUAGACGCAACCAUCUAAUGGAGGAUACCAUACGGAAACUGAGCAUUGUGGAAGACUGUGAUCUUAAGAAAGAAUUACUGGUGGCUUUCCAGGAUGAAGAAGAUCUUAAUGCUACAGCAGUGAUAAGAGAUUUUUUUCUCUUAGUGAUUGAAGCAAUGGUUGACCCUGAUUAUGGAAUGUUCUCCUGUCCUGAUCCAUUUUUACCUAUGUGGUUCCGAAGCAAUCAACCAGCAGAAAAAAAGCUGUAUUUUUACUUUGGUAUAUUGUGUGGGCUAUCUGUAUUCUGCCAUAAGAUGAUGUAUCUUCCAUUUCCAUUGGCCUUUUAUAAGAAACUCCUGGGCAAAAAGGCAACUCUGGAUGAUUUAAAAGAGCUGCAACCUACAAUGGGGAGGAGCAUGCAGGACCUUCUGGAAUAUGAAGAUGGUGCCCUACAGAAUCUUGAAGUUUAUUUUUGUCUGACAUGGGAAAACAAAACAGUAGAUCUGAUCCCAAAUGGAACAUCUAUCCAAGUGAAUAAUUCAAACAAGCGUGACUAUGUGAAUAAGUGUGUCGACUACAUAUUUAAUACUUCAGUAGCUGAGACGUUUGAAGAGUUUAGGAGAGGAUUUUACAAAGUCUGCGAUAAGGAUAUAAUUUCAUUUUUUCAACCCAAUGAACUGAUGGUCCUGUUGUCAGGAGAUUUCAAUUAUGAAUGGGAUAUGCUGGAAAAGAAUACAGUUUACUUGGGGAAUUACAGUCAAAAUCAUCCAACUAUCAAAAUGUUUUGGAAGGUAUUCCAUUCUCUGACUCUGGAUCAAAAGAAAGGAUUUCUCUUUUUCCUCACAGGAAAUGACAAGGUGACUGGAUUUACAAUGCAAGCCUACAGGGUCAUGAUCUCUCGUUUUGGAGUCCCUGAUGAAACAUACCUUCCUGAGGCACAGACUUGCAAUUUCAUCUUAUUUCUUCCUGAGUAUUCCAGCAUUGAAAUCCUCAAAGAAAAACUGCUUUUGGCUAUACAGAACAACAGGGGAUAUUACAGAGCACAGUAAUGGCAAGAUGAAUCUUUAUAACAGGAAUUCAGUGAACUACGUGAUUGCUCCCUGCUUUAAAGAUGAAUUCUUUCAGCUUUUGACUUUGAUUUCUCACAGACAUUACAUUUAGGGAUGAUAAUGUGUUAAUGUCUCUAUUUUCUACUUAUAUAUAUUAGUCAUCUUUAUGGCAGCUUUUUUAAACUUAUGCUAUGAAGGCUUGUAAUUUGCACAUAAAGAAAUCUGCUUUUUGCUAUCACUAUUUUUAUGAGGCUACCUUAACUUGCAGACAAAUUAUUUUGAAUAUUAAAUGGACAGGGUACUGUAUUUGUUCUCCCCUUUAAUGUGGUCCCAAUGAUCUAUUGUAUAAUUGUUUAGAAAUAGCUUACCUUUAGUUUGACAUUUGAAAUAGCAGAUUUUGACUUACAUCCUCACCUAUUUCAAAGAUGUCAGUACUAAAUUGACAGUAAAGUCAAAAUUAAAUUGAUUGAACAGAUCAUGACAUUUGUACACAACUUUCCAAUUUACUUCCAUUAUCAAUUUAGCUUAGAUCUCAAAGUAGCCUUUGUUAAAGAGUAACAAUAGGUGAACUCAGGAGUGUGCACAUGUCUUAAGCCAUCUGGCAGCAGAAUUUGCAACAGUGUCUAUAGCAAUGUUACACAUAGUUGCAAACACUAUUGCUAUAGAAUGUUGACCCCUUCAUGCACAUUGCUACCUGGCACAUGAGCUCUUCUCUUCAUGCAGGGUGAUCGCCAAUCAAACACUGUUUUCUAUGAUCCCCCUCACUACAGGCUGGGGAUCGUUGGUGACCUAAUGGGUGGCAUUCUCAGGCUUCACACCGGGAGCUGGAUGGGGGGGGGGGGGGUAGUUUUUUCAAAUCCCUUAGCAGCUACAAAGCUCCAAGACUCCUCAUUUGAAAGAGAAUCAUCUGCUUGGAGCAGUACCACACAAAGUUAAAAAAGCACAUGGGGAUUUGCUUGGGGAUAUUACAUUAUAUACACACAAAAAAAUAAUCUGGUAUGGGUAGAGACCCCUAAUAAAGUAUAUUUUAUAGUAAAGAAAUCCCUCUCUUAAAAAAAUAUAUGAAUUUUGUCUGUAUAGUCAGGUGACCACUGUGGUAACAGCGAACACCUUGCAAGAAAAAAAAGUUUAUUUCAUUUUAAAAAAAAUGUUAUAUAUUUAUUUUUAUUACAUUUUGAAAUACGUUGUCAUACAUGCAAUACAUCAUUUAUAGGGUUAAUUGUUUACAGAGUCAACAUAUUGAAACAAUUUCUGCAUAAAAAGUUUAUUUUUUUUUCUGGACUAAACAAUUAGGCCUCUAUAAUCUAUAUUAUAACCCCCAAAAGCCCAUAUGGGCCCCUAUUUCACAUGUGGCUACCCCUGAUGACAAUUUAGUCAGGAGAUUACAGUAACAGCAGUGGUCACUGGGUCAUUUGCAAUAUUAUUUACUUAAAUCUAAGCGAAAAGGUUUUUUUUUUUUUUACAGUUUUUGCUGCAGCUAUCACACAUGCCAUGAAAUAUAAAUAUAAUAAAGGUAUAUUGUGAAUCUGCUGGGCCUGCUGAAAAAAAAGUAUAUAAUUUGUGUGGGUCACUCACUGAAAUUUGACUUAAAAUAGGGUUUAAAUGUAGGUAGCAAAAAAAAGCUAAAAAUUGGCUUAGUACUGGGGUGUAAAAAAGGCUUAGCAGCGAAAGGGUUAAAGACAUUUGCACACUACUAAACUCUCGUCAGCCUACCUGUGUUUACUCUUUAGCAAUUGAUACCAAGAGAACAAAGCAAAUUUGAUCAUAGAAGUAAAUUGGAAAGUUAUUUAAAAUUUGCAUGCUCUAUUUGAAUCAUUAAUGUUUAAGUUUGACUUUCCCUUUAAGUACUUGUUAUAGAAAAAAAUAUGUAAGCAAGAAGGUUUAGAUGAAAUCACGCUCCUAGUGGUGGGGGAGUGUGACUAAGUACUAAAAUGUUCCUUUUCCAUUGUUCUUUCUGAAGGCCCAAUGAUCUUAAUAUCUUUGCUCUGGCAAGAUUAUCUAAGAAGUCUCGCCAGUACUGCAAGGCUAUGCAGGGUUCUGGGUGUGAUUAAGAUACACAUAUAUUACAUUAUAAUGCUCAAAAAAGUCCCACAUAUUUUGUGUGAUUUCUCUACGGGCCUGCAAGUUUUUGAUGAUUAGGCCUUUGAGUUAACAGAAAUAAGAUAAGGAGCAAUUUCUACAAUAAAAUAGCCAGAUACGAUAAGGAGGCCUUCUUUCCCUACAAGCUCACCCUAUUUUAUUCAUUUUUUGGUUGAAUUAGCAGAAACAUAAUUUUCAUAUAUAAAAAUAAACCUAAAUGUGCAAUUUGUAAUACUCUGCAGGUGGUAGAACAAGUCAAUGGAAAAAUAUUAAGGGGAACCCAAUUUUACAGUACAGUGUUCAUAUAUAAAUAUAUUUUAUACACCUACAACAAAAAUUGUGUUUUUCUUUACAGUUAGUUGAGGUAUUAUGAAGGUAAUCAGCUUUUCCUCUGAAAUUGUCUACAUGCUAUAUACAUUACUUAUUUGCAUACUAUACAAUAGACAGUCUCAUCUUUGUGCUGUGCGUUAAAAUAAAAUGGCAUAGAAUAAACAGAUUAUGACGUGGA